AUGAAAGUUACCGGGAAACAAAAUAUUUAUGUCUUUGAUGGUGGUACUUGUAGUGCCUCUCUUAGGAAAAGUCAAUCCAUGAGUGAUCUUUGUCGUUUAAGAUCAAAAUGUGAACGUACAAAACAUAUUCUUUCAAAGAAAGUAAUUAACGAUACAAAAAUAAUCAAAAAUCAAGCUGCUGUUUAUAGUGCUGCUGCACAAGCUGCUAUUUUAUCAGGUGACACUUCUAAAAAGAUUAAAGAUAUUCUUAUACGUGAUGACUGCUUUACCUUUUUACCUUUUAAUGUCGUGACUUCUGGUGGCGUAAUAACUCCGUUUAUUGAGCGUAAUACCGUAAUUAGGGAUGGCAACGGUCGGGUUAUGGCUUCUGCUGUUGAUAAUCAUGCAGCUGCCAAAGCUGAGAAUGAUCGUGCAGAAAAUGAAAUAAUUGUAGAAAAAUGCAAGCACAAAGUUACUUUGAAAGAUGAUGUCGUACAGAGCGCUAUAAAAGAAUCAAUCGAGAAGCAGAAGGAAUGGCUUGAUUAUAAUGAAGAAGAAGAGGUGCAAGAAUAUGAGCAUAUACAAAAAUUACUCGAAGAGAUUGUUCCAAAAAUAACAUCUGAUAACCAAUAG